AUGGAGAGUGGCAGCGGCAAGGAGGGCGGCCUGGGGCGCGCCGUGUGCGUGCUGACCGGAGCCUCCCGAGGCUUCGGCCGGGCUCUGGCCCCGCUUCUGGCCCGGCUGCUGUCGCCUGGCUCGGUGCUGGUCCUAAACGCCCGCAACGACCAGGCGCUGCAGCAGCUGGAGGCCGAGCUGGGUGCUGGGCGGCCUGGCCUGCACGUGAUGCGAGUGCCCGCCGACCUGGGCGCCGAGGCCGGCUUGCAGCAGCUGCUCGGCGCCCUGCGCGAGCUCCCCAGGCCCGAGGGGCUGCAGCGACUGCUGCUUAUCAACAACGCGGGCACUCUUGGGGAUGUGUCCAAAGGCUUCGUGGACCUGGGUGACCCAGCUGAAGUGAACAACUACUGGGCUCUGAACUUGACCUCCAUGCUCUGCCUGACCUCCAGCAUCCUGAAGUACUUCCCCAGCAGUCCUGGCCUCAGCAGGACAGUGGUUAACAUCUCAUCCCUCUGUGCCCUGCAGCCCUUCAAGGGCUGGGCACUGUACUGUGCAGGAAAGGCAGCUCGUGACAUGAUGUUCCAGGUCCUGGCCACAGAGGAACCUAGUGUGAGGGUGCUGAGCUAUGCCCCAGGUCCCCUGGACACAGACAUGCAGCAGUUGGCCCGGGAGGCCUCCGUGGACCCAGACUUGCGAAAAAGUCUGCAAGAGCUGAAGACAAAGGGGAAGCUGGUGGAUUGCAUGGCGUCAGCCCAAAAACUGCUGAGCUUGCUGCAAAAAGACAUGUUCAAGUCUGGAGCCCAUGUGGACUUCUUCGAUAAAUAAGCCCAUGUCCUUGGCUUCCUGGGCCUUUCUACCCCCACUGUCAGGCAUACCCCAGAAGCCCUGUGGCUCCCCAUAUCCUGCCACAGUGGUACCACCAACCCUGCCUUACCCAGAUAAGCAUUCAUGCCUGCUGCCCCCUCAGACACAGCCAGCUGUGAGAGCCCCAGGGUUGCUGGCGUGACCAGUUGUCAGGAGACUGUGUGCACCCUGGGUUAUGAGGAGGCUUCUGUGGGAGGCUUGUGAGAGAGGCUAUGGGUUCUCUAUUCCCAAGAACAGAAUUUCAGGGAUGGGAAGAGCAGGAAAAGAAGCUGAAACACUAAAGAGAGGAGGUUGGGUUUCCUGCCCAUGGCUAGUUCAUGGGGAGAGGAGGGAGGGAUCUGGUAUAAAAUAGGAGGACCUGGGCCGGCCUGUGGCUCACUUGGGAGAGUGCGGUGCUGAUAACACCAAGGCCACGGGUUCGGAUCCCAU